ACACCUCAGAAGAGCAGAAACACGAGAGAGAGUGAAUUUAUAGAGCUCCGGUUUUUCGCACAAAACCGAUGAGCAACAAAUCAGAAUGACUGUUUUAUCCUGGAGACGACCGGCUGAUAGUCUGAUGUGUGCAUUACGAGGCAGUGCCGUGAACGUCUUAAAGAGAGCGACCUAGUCCGCUACUCAGUCAGAUCGGUAACCCUAGAUUUUUCGGUUCGGUUUCUAACAAAUUUAAGACGCUGCGUUGUUGUUAAGUGAAUCGAACAGAUUACUGGAUUUGGCCGUCGCUCAUCGCCUCUGCCAUAAGAAAAGCUAUGCAAAAUGCUGGGUUGUGAUUGUCCAUGCGCAGUUCAUCCUCAUCGCAAGGCAGUGGUUGGUGGUUGCGAGAACCUGGUGUUGUGAAGCGAGAAUAAAAAUCGGCGAUCCAGCCACCAUGUCCACCUCCGCCGCCGAUCGUGGAUUCACUGACGCAGAAACUCCACUUCUCUACGACGACACCGUUGAUGAAGCCGUCGAUUACAAAGGCCGCCCCGUCCACCUCUCAAGCUCCGGCGGUUGGAGAUCUGCCACUUUUAUCUUCGGCAUGGAAGUUGCGGAGAGAUUUGCCUAUUACGGGAUCGGAUCCAACAUCAUCACUUACUUGACGGGGCCACUCGGCCAGUCAACGACCGUCGCGACGGCAAACGUCAACGCUUGGUCCGGAGUUGCAUCGUUGCUGCCUCUCCUCGGUGCUUUCAUCGCGGAUUCCUUCCUCGGGAAGUACCGCACCAUAAUUGUUGCUUCCAUUGGCUACGUUCUGGGACUCGGGUUGUUGACUCUAUCAGCCGUAGUUCCCGCCCUUGGACAACGUCAACUGGGGGCUCGGAUUCGGGAUCCAUGUCUCGUGAUGGUUGCAGCGCUCAUUAUCUUCCUGCUUGGGACGAGGACGUAUAGGUAUAGUGCCAAGAGGGAUGAUGAGAAUCCAUUUCUGAGGAUUGAGAAGGUGUUUGGUGCGGCAUUAAGGAACUGGGGAGCUGAUUCUUCUGCUGUUGCUCUUGAAGAGGAAGCAAGAGAGAGUCUGCCACACGAACACUCUUGAGAAAUUCAGCCGCUUGGCUGUGGCAUCACUAGUGAUGCUAGACUCGGAGAAGAGGAUGACCGAGCAUGGUGGGCAAUUAAAGUGGAGAUUCAAGGGAGCUACAGCCUACACGUGGUGCUAGUUAUUCCUUGUGAAACCAGAAAGUAAUAACCUCUUCGAAAUGAGGUAAGAGCUUAAACCUUUUCAUGAGUCAUUAAUGAAUGAUUAACUGAAUC